AUGUUGACGCCUAUGCCCAAGGCAAUUGCGAUUGUCUUCCUCCGUUUACUAGCCGUCGCGGCGACCGGCGAUGCGGAGCUUGCGGCGGACAACAUCCUCAUGCAGAUCAGUGCUGGAAGUGCGUGGCGACGUCCACAGGCUGAUUGUACAGGGGUCCGCAAAAGCUUCGACGCUGGCUUUGGGGGCUGUGACGUGUACACUUCAAACCGCAACAACCACCAGUUCUGCCACAGGGACUUCGACGAGGGCCAGGGCUUCUACGCCGCGCAGGUGUGCUCCGAGUGCCUCGUGUGCCAGGCGCUGUCCCCGGAUGCCGAGAAGGCGGCCGAGGAGUCGGCGGCCGAGCAGGCGGCGAAGCUGAAGCGCGACGCCGAGCUGGAGAAGGCCGAGGCGAAGGCGAACAAGAAGAAGGCCGAGCGCGAGGCCAAAGAAAAGGCCUGGCAAGAGGAGAAGGAGAAGAGGGAACGCGAAGCGGAGGAGGAGAAGAACAAGGCUCUCCAGGAGGCCACGGAGGCCGAGAACAGGGCCCAGGAGGCUGAGCGCAGGGCCGAGGAUGCCAAGCGCGAGGCGGAGGCCGCGGCCGUGCGCCGGGCGCAGGCCGAUGCAAAGCUGAAGGAGUUUGCCAAUCGUCAUGAGUGGAGCAGGGAGCACGAGCAGCUAGAGGCCGAGCACAUGGUGCGGAAGGAGGCCCACAGCCAGGCGGUCCAGGAUGCGAAGCAAGCGCAGAAGGAGGUCGGCCCGCUCAAGGAAGAGGCCCGGCGCAAGGCAGAGGUCCUUAAAAGAGCGGAGGCCAAGCACAAGGGGGAGGCCGAGCGCAAAGCGGAGGCCGUGCGCAAAAUGCAGGAGAAGCGAGAGGAGGAAGAGCGCAAAGCAGAGGCCCAGCGCAAGGAGGAGGCAGAGCGCGCGGCCGAGGGCGAGAGCUUGAUGAAGGCGGCGCAGGAGGAAGCGGACCGUAUGGCGGAGGCCGAGAGCAAGGUGGAGGCCGAGCGCAAGGCGGAGGCCGAGCGCGCAGCAGAGGCCGAGCGCAAGGCGCAGGCCAAGGCAGCGGCCGAGGCCGCGGAGGAGGCCGAGCGCAAGGCCGAGGCCGAGCGCGUUGCCAAGGAAGACGCCAAGCGGCAGGCGGAGGAGGCCGAGCGCGUGGCAGAGGCCAAGCGCAAGGUGGAGGCCGAGCGCAAGGUGGAGGCCGAGCGCAAGGCGCAGGCCAAGGCAGCGGCCGAGGCCGCGGAGGAGGCCGAGCGCAAGGCCGAGGCCGAGCGCGUUGCCAAGGAAGACGCCAAGCGGCAGGCGGAGGAGGCCGAGCGCGUGGCAGAGGCCAAGCGCAAGGUGGAGGCCGAGCGCAAGGUGGAGGCCGAGCGCAAGGCGGAGGCCGAGCGCGCAGCAGAGGCCGAGCGCAAGGCGCAGGCCAAGGCAGCGGCCGAGGCCGCAGAGGAGGCCGAGCGCAAGGCCGAGGCCGAGCGCGUGGCAGAGGCGGAGCGCAAGGCGGAGGCCGAGCGCAAGGCCCAGGCCGAGCGGAAGGUAGAGGUCGAGCGCAAGGCGGAGGCGAAGGCCAAGCGCAAGGCGGAGGCCGAGCGCAAGGCGCACGCCAAGGCAGCGGCCGAGGCCGCGGAGGAGGCCGAGCGCAAGGCCGAGGCUGAGCGCGUGGCAGAGGCGGAGCGCAAGGCCGAGGCCGAGCGCAAGGCCGAGGCCGAGCUGAAGGCAGAGGCCGAGCGCAAGGCCGAGGCCGAACGCGCAGCAGAGGCCGAGCGCAAAGUUCAGACCGAGCGCAAGGCCGAAGCCGAGCGGAAGGCGGAGGCCAAGGCCAAGCGCAAGGCAGAGGCCGAGCGCAAGGCGGAGGCGAAGGCCAAGCGCAAGGUGGAGGAAAUGCGGAGGGCGGAGGCCGAGGGCGUGGCCAAGGAGAAAGCCGAACAGAGGGCCGAGGCCGAGGCCAAGCGCAAGGUGGAGGACAUGCGCGUGGCGGAGGCCGAGGGCGUGGCCAAGGAGAAAGCCGAACAGAGGGCCGAGGCCGAGGCCAAGCGCAAGGUGGAGGACAUGCGCAAGGCGGAGGCCGAGGGCGUGGCCAAGGAGAAAGCCGAACUGAGGGCCGAGGCCGAGGCCAAGCGCAAGGUGGAGGACAUGCGCAAGGCGGAGGCCGAGGGCGUGGCCAAGGAGAAAGACGAACGGAGGGCGGAGGCCGAGCGCAAGGCGGAGGCCAAGGCAGAAGCCGAGCGCAAUGCGCAGGCUAAGCGCGAAGAGGACGAUCAUUGGGCCAAGGAGUUGGCCAAGGAAGAGGCUGAACGCAAGGCGAAGCUGCAAGCGGAGGCUGCGGCGGAGGAGGCCAAGAAGGACGCUGAGCGGGCGGCUGCGGAGGAGGCCAAGCGCGUGGCACAGGAGACGCAGGCCGCGGAGGAGUCCGAGCGCGCCGCACGCCAGCAGGCCAAGAAGGCCCAGAAGGCGGCGGCGGCGGCGGCGGCCAAGAAGCGGGCCGAGGCCGAGGAGGAGGCUCAGCGCAAGAACGAGGCCGAGGAGGCUGCGCAGGCGGCGGCGCAGGCGGAGGCGGCGCAGGCGAGAGCGAAGGAGGCUGUUGCGGCGAAAGCGCCAAAGCCGGCGAAGGAAGAGCGCUACAGCUUCGAGCCGCCCAUGCUGCCAGCCGCUGGGCAUUGGUGGGACGAGCAGGGCACCACGCAGAAGGAGGCUGCAAAGCCGAAGUCUGCUCGGAAAGAGACUGCCGCAAAAGCCGUCGGCGACCCCCACUUGGUGAACAUGUACGGACAGCGCUUCGACAUCCUGAGGGAGGGCAAUCACACGCUGAUCCAGAUUCCCAGGCAUGCGGAACCCAAAGAAACCUUGCUGAAGGUGAACGGCGAGGCUUUGCACAUGGGCGGCGCUUGCGCCGACAUGUACUUCCGCUCCAUCUCCGUAAAGGGCAAGUGGGCCGAAGACUUGGCGUACACGCUGAGCAAAGGGCAAAGCCGCAGCGCUGGUUUCAACUUCUUUGCGGACGCAGCUCACAAGAGCAACAGCACGCACUGGACGCGCUUCGGCAACGAGCUGGACCUGAAGAUUAUCUGGGGCAGAACGAUCACCGGCGUCCGCUACCUCAACAUCUUCGUCAAGCAUCUGGCCGCUGUGCAGGCCUCCGUCGGUGGUCUCCUCGGCGAGGACGACCACUCGACUAUCGCGACUCCUCCGGCGCACUGCAAGCGCACGAUCUCCCUCUUGUCCAUCGGGAGCCACCUGGGCGCCGGCGUGUCGCAGGGCGACGGCACAUUCGACGAGCUGGCGCAGGUGGCGCACGAGUUCGACUACCAGUGA